GCUCCACUUUUAUUUUCGUGAGAAAUACCUUCUCUUCGCGAAUAAAGCUUUUUGUUGAUUGUAUUUGUUUGUUCAUUGUGUAUUCCGCAUUGAACUAUUAACUAUUUUUGUGUAUAUAUUUGUGUACGCCACAUAGUAAUGUGAAGUAAGAUGUGUAACACUAUUAAUAGAUUGAGCCGCAGUUAGUUUGAUGAAUCGUCUGAUUGUGAUGGUUGAUCAGACAUAUUGACGAGUUAUUUAGCAACAAUGGGCAGGAGAGAGGAGCCCGCUUGGGCCAGCGGCACCGUAGGGCUGGUGGCGGCCAGGGAGCGCGGGGACCUCGACAGAAAGUUUCAGACUCGGCUGACGGUGACUCGGCCUAUGAUCGACAGAUUGGGGCUCGAGAAGGAGCUUCACGGACAUAUGGGAUGCGUUAAUUGCUUGGAAUGGAACCACGACGGAUCAAUACUGGCAUCAGCAUCAGAUGAUCUCCACGUAAUGCUGUGGGAUCCUUUCCGCUACAAAGAGCUUAUGAACAUAUCUACAGGACACACUGGGAACAUAUUCUCUGUAAAGUUCCUGUCCCCGGACGUGAUAGCGACGUGCGCGGCGGACGGCACGGUGCGAGCACGCGGCAUCCGCUCCAACACGCCGCUGCUGGAGUGCGUGUGCCACUGCGCCCGCGUCAAGCGCCUCGCGACUGCGCCCGACAACCCGCACCUGCUGUGGUCUGCGGGCGAGGAUGGACUCAUACUCCAACACGACCUGCGAACUUCCCACAGCUGUAACCCCGACUCGGCCAAUGUUCUCGUGAACCUACUGAACCACCUCGGUCGGUACGCCGAAGCGAAGUGUGUGGCCGUCAACCCCCGGCGCCCCUACCAACUGGCUGUGGGCGCCAACGACUUCUAUGUGAGGCUGUACGAUACCAGGAUGAUCAAACUCGCUAGGUUACAGGUGAACGCGCCGGCGUCUCGUCAGAUGUGGGAGCGGCAGAACAUGCGCUGCUCGCGCGCGGGGCACGGCGACCCCGACAACAACAUCCCCCGCGCCGCCGUGCACUACUUCGCGCCCGGUCACCUCUCUAUGGAGCCAAAUGAACACACUUUCCCCAAGAAGGCGACCACGUACGUCGCCUUCAGCAACGAUGGCAACGAGCUGCUCGUCAAUCUAGGUUCUGAACAGGUCUACCUAUUCGACAUAAACUCAGCGCGGCGUCCCGUCUUAGUAGAGAGCUUCAUCAUCCAACACAACCACGGCAACCGAGCCGGAGACCCCAAGCUGUCCCCGAGGAACGGCACCAACGGCACCACCCUGCCGCCGCCACACCUGCCCGACAGGGUGCGGCAGCUCAAGGAGAUGGCGAACGACUUCGUGAACAAGGGCAACUACUCGACGGCGGUGGAGCUGUACAACGACGCCAUCGCCGCCUGCCCCGACUGCGCCAUCCUCUACUCCAACCGCGCCGCCGCGCUCAUGCGACGCGGCUGGUCAGGCGACACUUACGCCGCAAUAAAAGACUGCUACAAAGCUAUCAAGCUGGACUCUUCCCACGUCAAAUCCCACUUCCGUCUCGCCAAGGGUCUGAUGGACCUCAAGCGAGCCCGGGAGGCACACGAGUGUCUCCUGUACUUCAAGGACAAGUUCCCAAGACAUGCGACCAGUCAUGCAGUAUUCCUGCUGCAGAAAGAUAUCAAUGUGGCUCUAGAAAGUAUGGAGACUACGCCCGAUGAAGUUGAAACUCCAGCAGCCACGGAAUCUGAGGACAGCCAGCCCACCAGCGUGCUGGAGCGGCAGCUACGUACCGCCGCGUUAGACUACUCGCAGAGGUUCCUGGGACACUGCAAUACUACUACUGAUAUUAAAGAGGCCAACUUCUUGGGCCCUGAUGCUAAUUAUAUUGCUGCUGGUUCUGACGACGGCAGCAUGUUCAUCUGGUGCCGCAAGUCGGGCAACAUCAUCCGCUGCCUCCGAGGAGACGACUCCAUCCUGAACUGCAUACAGCUGCACCCCUCCAUGUUCCUGCUGGCCACCAGCGGCAUCGAGACCGUCGUGCGGCUGUGGAGCCCUAGGCCUGAGGACGGCAAAGAGGAGUCGCGUAUAAUCCGCGACGCGGGUUCUGCGGCGCAGGCCAACCAGCAGCGCAUGCGCAGCGACCCGUUCGAGGCCAUGCUGCUCAACAUCAGCUUCGCGGGCGGCGCCGAGCGGGACCUGCACUCGCCCGCCUGCAGGCCUACUUAGGUAACACCAGAUAAAUUAUUAAACAAUAUUUAUAGCGGUUAAGAGCGCGGGCGAUAAAGAUACAUUGUAAUCAUCAGUCGAGUCAUUUGUAAAUAGUUACUAUUAUAUACAUUAUUACAUAUAAUUAUUAAUACGGAGUUAUCAUUAUUUUCCACCUUUUUAAGUUUUACUUUACGAUCUUGUACUACGUGUUAGAGAUCCUACGUUUGUUAGGGUUUAUGAAAAGUAACAAUGAAAUACGCUCUCUUUCUGUCUAGUCGCUGGUUCGACUCCUGAACAAAGAAAUGAAUUUUAUACAAGUUAGUAAGAUAUACUUGUGCGAGAAAAUAUGUAUUUUCUAGCCUUGCUGUAUAGAUUUGUAUAACUGUAUACAUCGUGUUUGCAAAGGUUUACAAUACACAUCAAAUAUUAGUGUCAUCAUAUAAACAGAUUAUAAAUUAUUAUUUAUCUCGUGAAAUGAUGUAGACAUUCACAAGAUACUGUUUUUAAGACUUAAUUUAAAAAAAAAAAAAAUAACAUACUAACUUUUUGUUAGAACAUUAUAGGCUAACUUUUUGUUAUGUUUCGAAUCUUAACGUAGUUAUUAAAAACACAUGUUCGUGUCGACUAAAACAAAAUAUAUUUGCUUCAAAAGGUUUGAGCGAUAAACAUGUCUUGCUCAAUUUAUCUCUAGUGCGUAGUACAAUAUCAUUUUAGUUGUUUCCGUGUGCAAAGUGUCGACAAGGUGCCAAGUUUGUUUUGUUUUUAUUUCCACUUUUUGUAUAUUUUUUAUGACGAUGUCAAUUCGGGGUUUUAUAAUAAAGCGUUUGUUUAAAUUUAUUUUUUGGUUGUUAUGUGUCAAAAUAAAAAUGGUGGCUAAGGAAUCGAUAGUUUACGGAGAUAUUUUGUAUUUAAUGUUAAAGAGACACUAGUGAAACUUAUAUUGGAAAAUAAUACAUAUUUAUAAUAUAUUUUGACAUAGAUAUAGUUACAAGAACUGAAAUAUAAUCAUGAGUCAUAGUCUAUGGUAAUCUGCUGUAAGGAGUUUGGUGAAGUGGGGCUGUGGCGGAUGACGGCUGUCUAUGGUAGUGAGACUAAAUACAAGUAUACUUUUAAUAAAAGAACUCAUUGAA